UACAUUUAGCAGCAGUAACAUAAAAUGUGCUGGCUUUAAGGCUAAUUAAAAGCAGCCGUAAUGUCGCUUCACGUCGAUUCCAGCAGCUGGCAAUGGCCCACACGUGAGCGCCAAUGCAGCCCGUCAAGACCAGGCCAGUUUUCUGGUGUUGCGUGUUUCAUGCCGCGCUUGUAAUAGUACGCCUCACUUUUUUCUGGACCGACGCCGUCUUAGUCACCGUACUUGGGAUUCUAUCCGAGAACAAGCCACAGGAGAGACGCAUCAAAAGCUGCAGAGUCUAACUUCAUUUGAUCCGUCCUCCGCCGACGACUCUCUGGCCUUCGCCUCGACGCGGCUUUGAAGAAAUGUGAUCUGAAAAAGGACCUGGGACUAAUGACUCACGGGUUGCUGACUGUUUGGCUUCAAAGGAAGGAAGCGGUAAAUGGUAAACAUUGCUGAUGCCUUGGGUAUAAAUUGCGGACGGUGUGCAGCUUGUGGAAAACGUGUCGGGGGUUUUAGCGGAGACAAACGGCGAGGGGUCAACAAAAAAAGGAUCGAGAAUCAUGAUGAAAAUGAUCAAGCGUUGACACAGGCUACAAAUGCUUGUCGAUGAUGAGCAAACGACAGAUGAAAGAUCAGCAACAACAAAAGUUUGACUAAGGAUUGACGACAACGGACCGAUACAGAUAUUAAAAGAGCAUCCACGAUUAGGAAGAAACUAGAGGAAUUCUGGAGGAAUUACGAUGGGAGCUUUGCUGUGCUAAGACCCGCCCAAUUGAAUUUGGGGCGAUUUGGAGUUGAUAUUUUGACGGACAUGGCCGUCAAUGGCAUCGACUUAGAGAUGCGUCGAUGGAAUCAAAGUACAUUGGCAUUGACAGAAUCGACAUGCAUAGCCAUCAAUGGCAUCAACGUACAUAGCCGACAAUGCCACGGUGGUACAUGGCUGUCAAUUUCAUCAACUUACUUGGGAGCCAGUUGAUUUUCAAUGGGCUGUAACGUGUACAAUGGCGUUAGAAGACCUGUGCAUGUCCUGGUAUGGUAGAGAUAAAUCUCGGCCUACGAACUUGUUGGACUUGAACCUCCCAUCUGCUGAGAGUUUUAAAGAAAAUCCCAGCGAAUCUGACUCAGUGAGGCAUCCUCCGCCCUUUGCCAUGACUCACGGCACCACCACGCUAGCGUUCACCUUCCAGGGCGGCGUGCUAGCAGCCGGGGACACCCGUUCCAGCUGCAACGGCCUGGUGGCCAGCCCUGACUCACACAAAGUGGGGCCCAUACACAGCCACCUGGUGGGGACCAGCUCGGGCACGUCGGCUGACUGCACCCUCUGGAAGAGGAUCUUGGCCAGAGAGCUUCGGCUGUAUCACCUGCGUCACGGGCGCCGGGUGUCCACGUGCGGGGCUGCCAAGCUACUUUGGCACAUGCUCCUACCUUUCAAAGGCACCGAGCUGUGUGUGGCCACCACCCUGUGCGGGUGGGAUACGGGAGGUCCGGGUAUCUUCUACGUGUGCAGCGACGGCACCCGGCUGCGAGGAACGCUGUUUUCAGUGGGUUCCGGGUCACCUUACGCCUACUCUGUUUUGGAUCAAGCGGUGGAGUGGGGGAUGACGACGGAGGAGGCCGUGCAGGUUGCAAGGGAGGCGGUGUACAGAGCCACCCACAGGGACGCCUACUCGGGAAAUUGCGUGGACAUCUACCACGUCACGGCCGCGGGGUGGACUCGCAGGAAGCGCGAGGACUUGAAGGAAGAAUAUUACAGAGAGAAAGCGAGGAUGUCGAUCACUUCUGAGGUGGAAAACUGAAUUCUGAUGCGAAUCUUUUCUUGUAUUUACUGUUUGUAUCACUCUACCACGCCCAAUAUAAACUAAAUAGAAUUUAUAGAAUAGUUUAAGAAAAACAAGCUGAAUAUGUUUGAUAUUAUGAACAGUUGGACUUGAAAUGAUUGGAAUUUAUAGCGCCAAGACAACGGGCAGAUAAGGGCAGAACAGAUACAGGACGCCUUCUGACCACGGAAGCCUAACGCGCGCAUCAUGCAGCUGACUGAGCAAAAUUGACGCAGACAAACAGGUGGUAGGCAAGACAUCUACAAGCCCACUUCUACACCACCAAAUCCCGCAAUCAGCUCUUCCGGACAGUCCAGAACAAAUGGCGGGACAUCUUGUCUUGCCCAAAAAUCUGAUACUGAGGAACCCGCCACUGAGAAGUGAACACUCAGCUCUCACAUGGCGUUGAGGAUGGCAAAAUCCCAAAUCUCGUUGCCCUGACAACAGUAAUGCCCAAAUCCUCUUGUCCAAUCAAUAACAGACAAUAAUCAUAAACAGCACUCAAACACACCCUUCUUCUGGACCACAGCCCGCCUAACCAGAGCCUUUAAAAGACAAUGUUUAACCAAUCGUUGUCAUUUCUCCCGGGAAUCUUUUGUUCACUUGUGAUAUGGUGACCCUGGAUCCAGUUUGCCUCCUCGCCUGGGUCUUUCUGUGCUGUAUGAUUGCUGACGAUUUGGAAUAAAUUGACAACUUAUGUUUCGAAGCAGGCGGCACGGUGGCUGAGUGGUUAGCACGUCUGCCUCACAGUUCUAAGAUCAAGGGUUCAAUCCCGGGCUUCGGCCUUCCUGUGUGGAGUUUGCAUGUUCUCCCCGUGCCUGCGUGGGUUUCCUCCGGGAACUCCGGUUUCCUCCCACAUCCCAAAAACACGCAUGGUAGGCUGAUAGAACACUCUAAAUUGUCCGUAGGUAUGAGUGUGUGCGUGAAUGGUUGUAUGUCUCCUUGUGCCCUGCAAUUGGCUGGCAACCAGUUCAGGGUGUCCCCUGCCUACUGCCCCGAGUUAGCUGGGAUAGGCUCCAGCACCUCCGCGACCCUCGUGAGGAAAAGCGGCAAGGAAAAUGAAUGAAUGAAUGAAUGUUUCGAAGCCUUUUUUCCAGCUUUUAAAAUGGAGUCAGUACAAGGGGUUAAGACUGUUUGGCCUUUUGGCCGGGUUGUCAGUGUUCCGCCGGCCCGGGUCAUUGGAAUUGCGCUAGAGCGGUUCCGGCGGUGUGGCUGGCGUAAUUCUGGCAAUCGGGCUAAAAGGUCAGAUUCCUUCACUUCCAACCCAUACCAUACCACCAUGGUAUGGUAUUGUAUGGUAUGGUGUGGUGUGGUAUGGUAUGGUAAAAUAGAGUCAGUGCAAAGGAUUAAGAAUGUUUGGCCUUUUGGCCGGGUUGUCGGUUUUCCGCCGGCCCGGGUCAUUGGAAUUGUGCUAGCGAGGUUCUGGCAAUCCGGCUAAAAGGUCAUUUUCCUUCACUAGCAACCGUCCCACUUAAAAUAGAUUGGACGUCUAGUGCCGUCAAUAGGACUGAAAGCGUUCACUUUUUGUGAACAUUUUUUUUUUUUUUUUGAGAGAGAUAGGAAUAUUAUUUUUGUUGUACUUUCAGGAAAUGAUACUGUAGCGACUUAACUGUUCUGCCCAAAUGCAUGAUGGGAAGGAAGUUGGGCAACCAUGACUGUCAGUGGUGGCUGCAAAUGGUAUAUGUUCUGCAUUGUGUUCAUUUAAGCGUGUUAAGAAAAAGAUCUCCUGUCAUUCUACUCCACAUCGCUCGCCACAAUAGAUAUGAUUGUUGUGAAAGAGAUGCUAAAG